ACAGUAGUAUGAUGGGAAGUAAAUAGAGGAGGACUCACAAUGGACCCAAACCAUUGGAAUAACUACCAGCAAGCAUAUGGGAGGAUACCAACCUCCUCUGUUAAUCGCAUUGAGAUGCCCAGCCUAUUAGAACAGACAAUCAACCAGGCUCAUGCAGAUUUGAAUGCUUUAUCUGGACGCUCAUUACCACCAGUGGCACACUCUAUAGUCGGUGCCCGUCUUGCCCCUACCAUCAACUAUGCAGCCCAUCCCCUGGCUAUGUCUCAGUAUCUCGACACACUCAAUCCAGGUCUGAAAAGUGUCGUCAGCAAUCAGCAGCCCAACUAUGAGCCAGUGUCACCAAGGAAUGACAGUCAGAGGAGUGUGGGAUUGGACACAUCAGGAAAGAGCCCUUUGUUUAAUACUGACCCACAAACCAUGAGGGAAUCCACAAUGGAGGUUAAGCCAUGGAGUGUUACACCCAGUCCUGCCCAGCUCGGUUUAUUACCAGCAGAUGCAUUGACUAGUCCCCCAUACAGCGGUCUAUCUAUGGGGUCAGGUACAUCUUUGGAGCCUCCCCCCGCUCACAGUGGUUCCCGCCCUUCCCCCAUACAGAGAAACAAUUAUCCUGCUAAACCUGAACCACGGCCUUCAUACAAGAACAAUCUCAGUAAUUUUACGAGCCAACAUAAUGAUCCUUACUUGACAAAGCAUGAGAAUUAUUCCCCGACACCAUCUAAGAAUGACACUUAUGUGAAAUCAAGUCCGUAUUCAUCACUUUUGCCUAAUUCAAAUAAAAACAGCAGCAAUGUUUAUACAAACUCAUCCCCAGAAAACUAUCAGAUUAGAUCCCCUGAGAACUAUCAGAUCAAAUCUUCAGAGAACUAUCCAAUCAAAAAUGAUAGUAGUUUCCGGUUACCAGAAAAUUUUAUGCCAAAAGCUCAAGAGGUUUAUAAGCCUCAGGAAAUAUAUAAAGCAUCUGAAUUGUACAUACGGGAAAACGUGCCUAGAAAUAAUUUUGAGCCGGAAAAUGGUGGAAAUAACGCUAGAAACCAAGCAGGGAGUUACAGAUCAGAGCCGUUGACCAAUAGGAUUAUGUCUCCAAAUUAUCAGACCUCACAAGUGGAAAGUACUAAUAGCACAUCUGAUGUAUCAAAGCAAAAUAUUGAACCUUUUAUGAGCAGUAAUUAUGAACCCAUCAGCCCCCAUAAUCACGUUUCAGUCCCAUCAAGAAAUUAUGACACAGUUCGAACAACACAUUCAAAUCCGAUAAGAUCCACCAGUUUACCCUUACAGCAGAUGUCUUUACAGGAAUUAGCAGAUGUAAGUUCUAUACAGGAGAAAAUAAAAAAUGGCUGUGGGGUAGGUGUAGGGGGUCAGAUUCCGCAACGUCGUCUAUCUGAUAUGAUGAAUAAUAUUGUAACAAAUAGUCCCUUACAACAACAGCAGCAAUCCCCGAUGCCUGUCCCCAGUCCCCAGAUGUCUCAGAUGUCUAGUCCGUCACCUUUGCAUUCCACGACCCCCGCGAGCCCCCUAGUGCAAGAACCGGUGAAACAACAGCAGCAGAAGCGGCAACGAUCGCGUAAGAAGAAAACGAAGGAAAGUGGGCCACCUACUGCAGUGAUCCAGCCCUCUGUGUUCCAGCCUGAGCCAAACUCUCCUCUGAUUCAAGCCCCAAGUUCUAGCAUGUAUGAACCAAAUAGUACCAACACGCAGCCUCCGAUGAAUUCAUUUGGGUUUGUACAACCUUCCCCAAUCAGCCAAUUCCAGCAGUCCAUCUCUGAUCCAACCUAUCAGGGUAUACCCCCAAUAACUUCUUUCUCAUCAGAUUCCAUCGUUAUGUCAGGAGCAGUGACCCCCUUUGGGACCCCCGUAGAGUUAAUACAGGAAGGUGAGGCAACAUUUAGUUCAUACAGCCAGUUUGUUGGAAACCCCAAUGAUGUUUUGGGAACCUCAGUAAUCGAGACUCAAGAGGCACCUUCAGGGUCAAUGAUGAAUAUGGACAACUCAUUGAUGUCUGCUUGGCAGAAGGUGAACAGCAAGAAAAAUACAAGGAAUCAGCAUGAAAAUUCAUAUAUCCCUGAACCAGAAAUAGAUGAAGAAUUUGCUCAUUUAACAAAAGAUCCUGAAAAGGAAGCAGAGAAUAAAAAGGCUGUUAAAAAUAGGUGGCAGGGUUUGGUCUUGAAAAACACUUAUCCCGAGUCUCAAACAUCAUAUAACCCCUGUAAUAAUGGCCACCCUCAAAAUUCUGGUGACCCUCAUAAUCCUGGUAAUAUAAAUAUUCCUCCACAUGAAGAACUGAAAAAAUCCAAACCUGCUGUUGAUCCAGGUUUUCAAUCCUCUUUCCUGAACUUCCUCGGUGGUAAGAAACCUGAGACCUUGUCCAGUGCCUCAACUAACCCAACUAACAGUAAACCAGUAUUGCCGAAAUAUAUUCCUGAACUCUCUAAUAGACCAUUGAGGACCACACCUCUACCUGAUACCUCCAAACCAAAGCCUCCAAAAGCCACACCAGGCGAUGCAAAUAACUUAAAAUUGAAAAAGGGCCCACCAUUUCCAACUCAGGACAAUAAUAAAGGGUUGAUUGUGCAAGAGAGGAAGCCUCAAAAAAUGGUUGUUUCUGAUAGAAGACCAUCAAAUAGUAAAAUACUUAGCAAUAAGGCUAAAAAAAUGAGAACACCUUCAGUGACAUUCUCCGACAGUGACAAUGAUGAUGGAAAUUCAAAUGCCAAAUCAUUCGUAAAAAAUGUGAUAUCUGAUCUAGAUGACCAAUUCAAAGAGGCCUCUGUUAUAUCUAAAGGGGCCACUAAAAUCACAAUAAAAAUGAACCGACAACUAAGUAAACCCAGUGAUUCUGAUGAUUUUAGUGAAACAAUCGAAUAUAAACCACCAAGGCCGAAAAAGUCGAAAAAGAAGAAAAAACGGAGGGUGAGUUCUGAAGAGGAGGAACUGGAAAUGGAGCUUAGACCCGACACUCCUAUGAGUGAGACUCUUAAUGAUGACUAUGAGGAUAGUUUGCAUGAUGUGGAUGAUGACCUACCUGCAAUAGCAGUCAGACCAAGGUCUAAACGAAAAGCUGCUGAGCAAGCAAAAUUAAUAAACAAGAGGAAGUCCUAUGUAGAAGAGACUUUGUCAGAUGAAGAAUAUGUUCCAUCUCCAGUAGAUGUUGGUGCCGAUGACGACUCUGACAAGGAUGAGACUUGGACUCCAGUUGGUGUGGAAACCAGGCGCAACAUUAGUGAUGAUGAUGACGAUGAACCUAAAAGAAAGCGUGGCAGAGCAUCAACUAGUUCACCUAGAGGGCGUAGGUCCCACAACACCCCAAGUAAGCCCCAACAUACAAUGGUUGAACCAAUGACACCCCCAGGACCACAGCCAGAGAUUGUUGAUGAAGAGGAUGCUGUAGGAGUAGAAGAUGAUGGAGAGUUUGUUCAUCAUUAUCAGAAAGGUGAUUUUGUGAUAGAGAGGAAAGACCUGACCAACUACAAGAAGUUCCCUAUAUGGAAACUUGACACUGGGAGACUGCUACAGAAGUUUGAAGCUGAGGAACAAGAUGGGAGGCUAGUCCAUAAGUCUCUCUCCACUUAUUCCAGUUGGACAGAGAGUCAGAAAGGAAUGUUCAGACCAAUCAAAGUUAAAGCUAUUACCUUCCUAAAGGGAGUAGAGAUUGUAGAAGUCCUGGAAAGAUUCAAGCCUAAGGCUCCAGAAGAAAGGGCUGAGAAUGACCCUCUCAUGGAAACAUUCAAUGUUUACACUCAAGUUCUACUGAGUCAGGCCCUGGAGGACAGUUUCCUUGCAGCCAUACAGGAAUCUGGAGAGGAUUUCUAUCUUGAACCUCUGAAUGGAAUUGAUGGCUUGUGCCAGAAAGCUAUUACCAAAAUAGAGGAAGGUAGUGGUUGGAUUCCAGCUUUCAAAGAAGCAGUACGGGACAGACCAUGCAUAAAGAUUAACCCUAAACAAGCUGCCGGGGAACCUUGUCAGGCAACGAAUGAUGAAAGUCAACCUGUGGUAAAAAUAGUCACUCUCUCUGGGGAUACAUAUGAUAAAGCUACAUUGGAUAUCCGGAUAAGUGGAGAGUUACCUGUGGAAUAUAUGAUUGGUGCUAGUACAGCAGAUGUCUUGAUGAAAUACCAUUCCUUGCAACACUUUAAGUGGAUCUGUCAUUCUGAGUGUGCCAAACAGAUAAAAGAUAUCCAGGUAGCUAAUCCAGAGCUGGAGAAUGAAGAAGUCUUGGACAAGUGUCUCAACACAAGAACAUGGAUAUAUCAGCUCUUCUUAAAGUUGCGAGGCCUUAUUGGGAAAGAUGCAAAAAUAGACACUGGCCCUGAGAGUGCUAAUGAGAAUGGCAACGAGAAAAAUAUGGACUCUAAAUCAGACAAUUCCAAUGAUGCGGGAUCAUGAUGUCUCAAAGAUGCAUUUAUGUGUCUCUAAGGAUACAUUUAUGUGUCUCAAAGGAUAUAUUCAUGUGUCUUCAUAAUCUGAUAUUACAUCACUGAGAAAAAUAUAACUGAAAACUGAGAUGUUUACUACACAAGCCUUGUAAAGCAAUGUUCAGUUGGUGCUGUGGAUGAUGAGUUCUGUUGUCAUAUUUAUACCCAUUUUAUGUCCGGUUAAAAUGCAAUCAUGAUGUUAGGUUAAAAAUGACUCUUAUGUCAUAAUGUCAUUUUAAGACCUAGCUUUAACACAGUGUAGACAUCACUCUUGAUGCCAUGAAAACAUCCUGAAAUCUUCUGUAAUAAUAGGAUGUCAUACACAAUUUUGGUGUCCGAAUUCUACAAUUCUGACAUCUGAAAUGGAUACAGUGGAAUCAGUGCAUCAAAAUGCUUAAAAUAGGAAAUAUUGCGUUAUAUUUGUAAGCAAUGUUAAGGGCAUCAAUCAGUGAAGAGGUUUUUUGCCAUGAGCAAAAUUGAUUCCUCCUAAAAUUAAAUCUAUCGACCGUUUAAUCAUGAGUGGUGUUAGUGAACUCAUUCACUUCCAACUUGUGUUAACUGAUUAAAUAGCUAUUUGAGAUGAUACAUGCUGGCUAGAUUACUGUACUGUCAAUAUGUCUUUCACCCUGUUUAUUUUUGCUGUUUUAUUUUUGUAAUAGAAAAAAACAUGUGAGCUUGAUCAGCAAAAUAAACUCCAUUUGUGUUCAGUAUACAUGGUAUAGAACUACUCAUAUUUUCAUGUGGUAUGAUUCCAAGACCAUUAGAAUGGAUUUAGUCAAGACUGAAAAUGUUUGUAUUAUUUCAAAAGGGGCUUUAAAGUUAACUUGAGUAGUAUGUGUCGCUUUUGACUAGUGUAAAAAAGCGUGUAGCUAAAAAAUAUUUGGCAGUUUGUAGUGUAUGGUAAAACCUGUCUAAAAUUUUAUCUUUUAAUGGGGUCAGUGGUAACGAGACUUAUGAAAAAGGUCAUAUUUAUAAAAAAAAUUUAAUGUUCGAUGGGCCUAUGAGAUUUUAUCUGUAAAAACAUUUGUGGCAAAUUCAUUGAUUUGCGGGAACUGGCUUUACAUACAUGUGUUGUAAUUCAUGUUAAGAUGUUGAAAAUGAGAAUGGGACCUUUAAAUCUUGUAUAGUUUUUGAAACUCCUUUGGAACAUCUAAAAAUGUUCCACUUUGGAUGUGUACCACUUGUAGGUGUUUAUUUACAUUAGGUCAGUUUGUCAUGUUCCACUUAUACAGAUGUAUUGAAUUCCACAGAGCUUUUCCACUUAGCAGGUUUUACUGUAAUUCAACAUGUUUAAUAAGAAUAAUUUAUAUGACAAUAUUGCAGCAGGAUUUUGAACAUGUUUAAUACAUAUACUAGAAGUACAUUGUAAAUGAUAUGAUGAAACUGGAUUAUGUUGGGGACAGGAGGGUUGUACAAAUGUUGGAAUGGGUGCACACUUGUGAGAUAUAAACUGAGAUUACUGCACUGGUAUCACUAUGUAUAGUUGAGCUUUUGGUCAAAAUAAAAUUAAAAUUGAAAGCAUUACAUUCUCAUAGUACUUGUUAAUCAUAUGAAAUUCAGCUUGUUAAUUGGCUCACCAUAUCGACCUUGACACCAUAAUUAGGAAGUGAGGUGUGCCAGAAUUGGUGUGCCAACAUGGCCAUACUUGGUGCAAAUGCUGCUUGUUAAAGGCCUAUUACGUUGUUUAGUCUAUUUUAUUUUUGAAUGAAGAAAUGAAAUGUAAUUCUCAUGUACAUUAGUUUUUGUAUCUUGAUUGUUUAUGUGUUUUUUUCUCAUAAUGGGUGUUACUGAACGUUUUUGUGUAAAAAAUUCAAUCUCCUCGUUCAUUAUUAACCUUAUCAAAAGAUUGAAGUUCUAAUAUCAACAACUCAGUGUUCAAACAAAUCUUGUUUUUAGUCCUGUCUUCUUAAGUUAAGUGAUAUAAUAUUAAAUGAAAAAAGGUGAAUGUUUUGGUCUUGUUGAGUGCUUACUCUUCAUGCUAUGGUGUUAAAGAUCUGUAGAUUGCAUCAUUUGUUAAUGCAAACGCUCACUUUAACAUCCAUGCUCACAUAAGACCCCUGGGUUAUUCAUGAGGAUACAACAUAUUUUUGGGCAGUAUUUGUUGUCUUGAAAUGUAUACUGUUCUUGCUUACUGUAUGAAAUUAUAUUUUUUAUGAUGUCAAAACUUGUGGAUAUGUUUUACCUUAUUUGGUCACUGUAGAGUUAGUAACAGUAAAUGGUUGGUAAAUUUCAAACCUGUACAUUGAAAACACAACUGUUAAAUUGCAUUAUGAUGUACAAUGUACAUAAAC